GGAAUCACCCUAUUGCGUUUGGAAUUACUCUGGCUGCUCACUUUUGUUGCGGAUUGCGUGACCUGUGAUGAAGCGAAAUGAAACACGCGAAUGGACGGGAGGUAGGCGAGCGGCGGAAGCAGCACAGCGGCCGAAACAACAUCCGUGCCGGUGCGUGGAGCAUCAUGUCGUCGCUUUUCUGUCUCUUAGGUGAGGCACUGAUGCUGAGUUUUGUACACCAAGCUGGAAGCAACACAAUCAACUCAUUUGCUGUACGUCAGUGUCGCAGGGCCCAUUCAUCGCUUUCGGCCACACGUUCGAACCUUGCCCAUCAGACGGAUCAGCGAUGGCCUCCAUUCGUGCAAGCCACUUCAACCCCGUCAAACCCUUCGACCGUCAGAUGCUCACAGGAUACAUGUCAGCAAAUUUUAAUAUCUCAGACAAUCUUUUGGCGCGAGUGGACAUGGCCGUUCGGUCGAACAACCAGUGGAAAGAAAAUGCUUUCGUCUUCAGUUUCCCCAACUCCGGCUGCUCUGCGUUGCGAGACCAGCUGCCCGACAUGUACCGCAUCGUGGCCAAGCAUACCGGAGCGAGCAUGGACAAGAAGGCGCCAUGCGUCAUACCGGGAGGCUACUUCGACUUGAAGAACGAAUCAGUGAGCUGGACGUUUCCUAACUUUCCAGUGAUGCCGUACGGACGGUACAUGUUCCGAGUGACAGCGCGCCACAUGAAGAACAGGGCAGCGGCCGUUCCAUGUUUCUGCUUGGCAGUGGACUGUGAAGUCAUUCCGAAGCCAACUGUUGGAUCCCAAAAGUUAAAAUGACUGAUUUCAAGAAUUGGAAACAAACCGCCCGACACGGAGAUACGACACGUUUUCUUCGAGUUCAUGGUGAAGAGAACAUACAGCCGGUGCCCUCUCACAAGUUUAAAACCGCGAAGUUUUCCGUACGAAUUUGAACGCGGCAUCGUUCAAAGUCGUGCCAAAUCGCGCACAAGUUUAUACGAAAAGUACUUACAUUGUUAAAGAUCCACUGUAAUAUUACAACAUGAUAUCCUACAGCGAUGUUGUUUUAUUACAACACGUCUGUUUGUUGUCUGAACAGGAUAUCCAUCCUAUAGGCAACUCUUUUGUUUUAUUACAACUUUCUUGUCCGAAAACAAUAAUGUAAUCGUGAUUAAAAACAGUUAUGUUGUCAUUCAACAGAUUUUCUGUUUAUAAACAACGAUCAUGCAAUUCUAAAACAAACAUUGAUGUCAUAUAACAAGGAUCUUGUUAAAUUACAACACGAUAAGGCCAACACAUGUGGCCAAGUCAAAAUCGAAGACUCGAUAA